AAAUCUUGGACUUCACGAGUCGCCACUGACCUGUCAAAAAAUUUUUUUUCGAAAAUUUUUUGGAACUAAAGAUUUGAAUUAUUUCACAGAAAUAUAACAACGAACUUAAACUUCCAUUAACGUAAAUUUUACGAUCCGUAGGUUUUUUACAGUAGUGAAAGUCGGGUUUAUUGUUACAUAACCUCACUUAUAGAAAGCUUGUGAAUAAAAAAGUAGUGCCUGUGUUUGCAAAAAAUCCAAUAAAUACAAUGGCUGAGAAAGAAGAGUUUGAACGAGCUGUGGACGUUGUAACAGAGCAGGAGCAGGAAUAUGCACAAAAGGCUUUGAAUGAGUUUAAAAAAAAUAAUUACGCCGGUGCGCUCCAAUUUAUCAAUAAACUGGACAAUAGAACUAACGAUUUUAAAGUGGCCCACAAUAAAGCUCUUGUGGAAUAUUGCAAAAGCGAUUUUAGGAAGAACGAAACAUUUCAAAAGAAUUUAACCUCAAUUUGCAAUCAAUUUAAGAUUCGUCUCGAUAAAUUAGAUGAUGUGGACCAAUGCAUUGUUCAUUAUAAUCAGGCCAUUCUGUUAUAUCAUCAACAACAGUACACUAAUGCAAUUUACAUAAUGGAUCGAGUGUACAAAUUUAUUGAACCAAUGGAUGACGCAUUAGCCAAACAAGUUAGUCUUUUUGCCAUUGAGUUACAGCUAUGUGUGCGUCAGUCUGAUAAAGCGCUCAGUUUAAUAAAUUAUCUGGAAAAUCAAUUAAUCAACGGGACGCCAAACAUCAAAUUGUUGGACAAAACCGUUAAAGAGAAAGACAAGAAAGCGCCACAGCCCCUAGACCCAGCAAUGGAAGAGUUUAAGAAAAAACUAAUUAAAUACAAAAUCCGUUGUUACCUAAUGAACCACAAUCUCGAAAUCGCAAACAAAGAAAUCAGCAAUUUGCUAAAAGACAAACAGAAUUUCCAAGCCUUGUUCCUGGCAGCUAAUUUAGAAUACCUCAAAGGAAACUUGAUAGAGUCCCAGAAACUUCUUGCGGCUGUACCACCCGAUUAUCUGGUCUACAACGACAGCGGCGAAUCUUCAACUUUGAUGUUUUACAACAAUAUGGGUGUGAUUCAUCACGCAAUGGGCAAACCCAACUUGGCUUGCCACUACUUUCAGUUAGCCCUCAAGGAGGAUAUAGCUUUAACAAACAAUGCAAAAAAAGACAAAGGCAUGGAUGACAAACCCUUGUAUGCACUGGGUGGCUCAAAAUACCACGAAUUGAUGUAUAAUUUGGGAGUUUCUCUUCUUCAUGCCAAGAGGCCGGUUCAGGCGUUUGAUUGCUUGAUAAUUGCAGUGCGGAGGUACCACAGAAACGCGAGGUUGUGGAUGCGCUUAGCUGAGUGUUGUAUUAUGGCCACUAAAGAGUCGAACGAAGUUGACUUUGAUAUUCAAAAGAGACAAAAAGAGAUAAUAGUUAACGUCAUUGGCUCCCAAGACAAACAGAAAGUUAUCCUUACGACAAACGUAUCAAAAGACAAAAAAUACAGUACGGAAAGUCAGUCAUACGCCGUUCCUGUCCCCUCUCUCGAAUUUGCAUCAUUGUGUUUACGUAACGCUUCCACUUUACUCCCUUCCGAUACAGUAUCGUCCCCUAUUCCCCUUUUUUUGAUCCCCGGGGGAAUCCCCCCUGUCCCAUCUUGUAGUCCAAGCCCCGCACCCUCUUCACCCCUAUCACCCGAAAGUGUAAUGAGCCUCCGUAACAGUAUUUUGGCAGCAAGUGCCUACGUAGCCCUCUGUCUAGGCGACUAUAUUUUAGCACUAGAACAUGCGGAAAACCUUCUGCAACAACCGAGAUUAUCGGGUGCCCACAAACUUCUUGGUCACUUGUACUGUGCUGAGGCGCUAGUUUUGUUAGACAAAAUUUCAGAAGCCUUGGAACAUUUAAACCCCGAAAAUGUCAAACAUAUUAAUUUAGAAUUGCCAAAAGGGGACGAAAAUGAAGAGAAACGGAUUAAGACAUCGCCGCCUCUAAAAUGGUUUCCGCAUAAUCUGCCCACUGCGAUUGCAACGAUGCAAUAUAAUUUCGCGGUGGCUAAGACAAUUAGAGGCCAACUGGAAGACGCCAUAGGGCUUUUGAAACAAAUCUGGCAAAUGAGCAGCAAAUGUAAAGUGCCAGGACAUAUAAUUAUGCUACUUUUGUACAUUGAACUUAAAUUAGGACGACCGGAACCAGCCAGGAAAUUAGUUAAGCAGUACUUAUUCCAAAAUAGGCGAAAACACGUGGAAAUACAUCACUCGCUCCUUCGUUGCUCGUAAGUAAUGUGCUGGAAAACUGUACCAACUUUGCAACAAAAAACUUUUUUAUUGUCCGGCAAGUGAUGUGG